GAUAUGUGGUAGCUGUUGCAUUCAGAGCAUGUAGGCCAGUCUGCCCUCAGCACUGACACAGUUUGCAGCCCCUCUGGGGGCAGAAGUGUGUCUUAUAUAGAGUUUCCCUCGUGCCUCCAGCGUUAUAAAUAAACACAAGUCAGUCUGUUUUGCUGGAGACAGACAACCUGCAGAGCUGUCCUUACAAUUUAAAGCAAACCGUGUUCACAGCUGUCUGGACUGUCAUCUCCAAACAAACUUGUCUCUUAGAAGAAUAUGGACAAUCAAACGUCAUCAGAGAAUGGGAAAAACAUGACAUUCAGGAUGAAGGACUCACACACGGGACUUGUCAAGAAUGUCACAGACGGCAGCCAUACUGACUCUGAAACAGAGACAAUCAUGCCCCUAGAUGAGCGUACACCACAUCCCAUAUUACAAAUGGACCAGGCGGUAAUGGACAACGUGGGAAAGCUUUUCGAACACUGCAUCCAGCAGGUGUCCCAUCUGGAGACACAGAGGAACGAGCUGAUACAAGAGCUCCUCGGUCUGCAGGAACCCAUUCUACGAGUUGUGGAGCACCUCAGAGGGAAGCUCCUGGAGACACAGAGGCUGCUCACGCUGGCUCAGAUGGAUUAUGUCGCUGUAUAUGAGGAAGUGAAGGAGGUGAAGAGGAAGCUUUUUGCAACAGCCAGAGACUGCAUCCAGAGCCAGGUGACGCUGGCUGAACGGGAGUACGAGGUGGCUCAGUCUGCUGUGUCACAGGAAGAGCUAAAGGCCCACAUCCAAAGUUUGACCCAGGAGUUGUCCGAGCUCCAGGAGGCCCAGCAGAACCAGCUAAACACCCUGCGGGACCAGGCCUCUAAACCCUGCAGGCCCAGGGCCAUGAGUGAUGUCAGCCAGUGCCGGCAGGCGUCUGUUAGGCUGCAGCGGCGCCUCAGCGGCAGCGUGAAGGCGCUGGAGGGCUGGUACGAGCCUCGGCUCAUGGCCCUGCUGAAGAGAAGGCAGGUCGGCGAGGACGCCUUGAGAAAGAGUAGGGAGCAGGCUAUGGACUUGAAGGCCAGGCUGGGGCCCCUGAGAGAGGGUAUACAGAGACUAGAGGUGCAGAGAGCCUGCCUGGUGCAGAGGGUCACUCUGAUGGAGAGAGAGAGGGAGGAGGGCGUCAUACAACACAAGGACACUGUGGGAAAACUAAAAGAGACUUUGAAAGAACUGGAAGUGGAGUUUGAGGUUCAAAGAACAUCUAAAAAAGAUUCGGAAGAUCAUAAUGAUAGCCUUCGAAAAGAGCUGACAUUUCUCAGAGGCUGUGAUGAACCCAGUGAAACCACUGCAGAGGAGGAUCCCUAAUUUUCUGUUUUCAGUAGAUAUUAAGCUUAUUAUCUACACCAGACCAAACCAUUGCACAGAAUUGACAUUUAAUCUAGAAAAGAAUAAAAUGAAACCUCAUAAUAUGCAGCAGA